AUGCCCAGACGCACGUCCAGCGCAGCAUCCCUCCUCCUGCUCAUCUUCUCCGUCCUCACCACCCUCUCUUCCGCCAUCAAAUUCGAUCUGUCCGCGGCGACACAUCCACACACCAAAUGCAUCUGGAAUUACGCCCUUUCCGACUCGCUCGUCAUCGUCACUGCCUCGGUGAUCGCUAAAGAGCCGUUCGACUUCACCAACCAACGUGUCGACAUCGAGGUGGUCGACGGUUCCAAGCACAACAACGUCUACCUCUCCAAGAAGUCCAUCAAAGGAGAGACGCGGCUCGCCAUCAACACGCACUCGCACGCAGAUCUGGGAGUGUGCUUCAAGAACACCCAGACAGGUCGAAGCGGAAGCAGCGGUCAAGUGCCGGUGGUGACGAUCGAUCUGGAUGUGGAUAUCGGUGCAGAUGCCGUGGAUUACAAUGCCAUCGCCAACCAGGAGAGCUUGAGUGGAUUGGAGACCGAAUUGAGGAAACUGGAAGCGGUAGCCAACGAGAUCGUCAACGAGAUGGAGUAUUUGAAAAAGAGAGAGUUGAGGAUGGCCGAUACGAAUCUGUCAACAAACAUGCGAGUCACCAACUUUGCCAUCGUCACAUUGCUAGCGCUCAUCGCACUCGGCGUUUGGCAAGUCUUCCACCUCAGAGGCUUCUUCAAACGCAAAUACCUCAUCGACUGA